AUGGCAACUAGUCGACCGCUCAUUGAGCUGCCUCCUGGUAAGGAGGUGUUGAGCGUGAAAAUGAUUGUCCCGGUCAAUUUCGGGCCAGCUAUCAUCAAACGGUUCAUGGAGCCCCCUGUGCCUGGUGUGGAAACAAAGAAACCCGGGCCCGUUUUGACGUUCCUUUUGGAACAUCCUUCAGGUCAAAAGCUAGUAUUUGAUCUCGGGAUCCGUAAGGAUUAUCAAAACUAUGCUCCCACCGUGGCAAACUAUAUACCAACAACGAAUUACGACAUACAAGUAUCAAAGAACGUGGUCGAUAUCCUGGAAGAGAACGGUAUUCCCGGAGAGAGCAUUAAUGCAGUCAUCUGGAGCCAUUGGCAUUGGGACCACAUAGGAGACCCAUCAACAUUUCCAAGCAGGACUGACUUGAUUGUGGGAUCCGGGUUCAAGGAUGCCAUGUUACCCGGUUAUCCUGCCAAUCCCCUGUCCCCUAUCCGGGAGAGCGAUUAUGCUGGUCGAUGUCUGCGCGAGAUUCGAUUUGAUGGUCCCGAUGCCCUGCGCAUUGGGAAAUUCCCUGCCGUCGAUUACUUCGGCGACGGGUCAUUCUAUCUCUUAGACAGCCCAGGACAUGCCAUCGGGCAUCUUUGCGGUCUAGCGCGAACGACUGUAUCUCCUCCUACUUUUGUCAUGAUGGGAGGGGACAUCUGUCAUUACGCGGGCAUAUUUCGACCGUCGAAAUAUCUCCCUGUUCCUCCGGAAAUCUCCCCACAUCCGUAUAAUACACUAAGCGAUCUACCCUUCUGCCCUGGAAGUGUUUUUAAUGAUCUGCAGCACACCAGAGGAAGGAAACCAACAGAUACGGUGUACGAGAUGUGCUUCGGUCAUGAUAUCCCCCUUGCACAAAAGACUCGUGACCAAUUGCAAGAAUUGGACUGUGACGAGAACAUAUUUGUUAUCAUUGCACAUGAUUCCAGUGUCAGAGAUGGGGUGGAUCACUUCCCAUUGAGUCUCAAUGCUUGGAAGGAGAAGGGAUGGGCCCAGAACGUAAAGUGGACUUGGUUUAGGGACUUGGAACCGUUUUGGAAGUCAAAGGGCUUGUAA